UGGUAAUAAAAGGCAUUCACAAUACCAUCGUUUAAUUAUUUCAUAUUUAAUACGACAAUGGAUUAUUAUUAUUAUUACUAUUACUAUUAUUACUAUGAUCAUCAUUAUCAGGAUAAAGUUGAAGUUAGAGGCUAGUUGAAACAUUAUGCCACGAAUAAUAUUAAGUUGGAUACUUUUAAUAUGGAUUACAUGUGCUUUUUUGUCUAUUCUAAUCACGAUUUCAAGUUUUCUUAGUCCAUAUUGGUUAAUUCGUAUUGAAACAUCAGAAACACGCCGUUUAACAGCAUGUCCACAAAAUAAUCUCUUUGAUACUGUUAAUAAUAAUAUUGGUACAGAUUUAUUUACUAUAAAUUCCAAUAGAUCAGACAAUGAAUUCAUACAAUUAAUAAUACCACCAUCUAUUGGACCAUGGUUUCGAUGUCAGAGUGUGUGUAAACUUUCAGAUUCUGAUAAUAAUAAUAAUAAUAAUAAUGAUAACAAUGUAUUGAACUGGGAACUUUUUGAUGACACUUUAUUUAAAUGUCAAUUAUCAGUGUGGGGAUUUGGAGCAAAACCAGCUAUUGCAAAUAAAUUAAUAUGGUUAUCUGGAUUAAUUAGUAUGAUUGGAUGUUUUUUAUUGUGUAUAUCAUUCAUUUUUAUAUUAUUAACUCUAUGUAAACGUGAAAUCUGUGAUCAUAGUGUAUUUAGCUGUACUGGAUCAUUAAUUGGUAGUGCUGAUCUAAUUCUACUAACAUCUAUCAUUAUGUGGCCAGCAGGAUGGGAUUCAGUUACAAUUCGUGAAGUUUGUGGUGGCAGUGUUGGACCUUAUUCAAAAGGGAACUGUUCCAUAGGUUGGGCGCCAUUGGCUUCAAUUUGUGGAAUAAUUCUUCUGUUAAUCAGUGCUAUAUUAUCUAUAGCAGUUGACAAAUCAAUCACUACACAGACAGCAACUAGACAGAUACUAAUGAACGAGAAAUCUUGUGUUUUUCUACAUUAGGGAAUAUUGAAUUUUAUGUGUAUUUGACAGAUAUAGAAACAGAAGAAAAAAAAACAUUUAUUUACCGAUCACUAGCAAAUAGAUGUCUUUAUCAGAGAGAAUACAUAAACACAUAUAUGAUUACAUAUUUAUUAUAUAUGUGUAUACUAUGAUGUAUAACGAUACAUUCCGCAAUUAUUCUAAUGUUCAGAAAAAUCCUAUCUUAAGUUCCAAAAUAAAAUGAAUAGUGAAUUACAUUA